AUGAUCAAGAAAUACAACCAUAAUGGCCAAAGUACUUUCCACUUAUUAAUCAAGUUGGUACCAACACUAGAACAACGACUUUUGCCAGGCUGUAUAAUUCCAGUAUCCAAGAGAUUUAGACAAGCUACUCCUAAAUCUCAAUUCAGUAGUUUUGCAGAACAGCGAGAUAUGCAUUCUGUGAUGGAGAACAUCAUGUCGAGGCAAGAGAGUUUAGAAGAUAAGGUCGAUAACAAGUUUACAAAGAUGUUCCAAGAGCUUUGUGAACUCAAAGCCGCUAUGGUGACUGCCCAGGCUCUCAACUCGAGCGCACAAGUCUUGAUGCACGAACAGCUCUCCCAGCUGCAACUGAUGAGCUUCAUCAACAACCUCAGCUUAGAUGUUACUCUGGAUCCAACGAAGAGUCUCCAGAUAUAUUUCUUCGCUCGCAAACGACAACACACGCGUCAAGCAGAGGGCUCAGCUUUCUGGUUGGCUCCCAAAAUGCAGAAUUGGAAUUCAAGCAUAGAAUCCUCACUUUUGAUGGUAAAAGGAAGCCACAGACUGCGGAAUGACAUGAAGAAGUUUUCUGCAGACGCCAUACAGCUGCUUCGAGAGUCCAGCAUGCCUGUAAUAUGGGCGCUGAAAACAAUACCAAUGGGCAACACAACCACAAUAUUACCAAAAGUCUCAUACUCCAAGCCAUAA